CUAUGAUUGAUUUCUUGUUGGUGUGUUCUGUGACAUCAGCAUACACGUUAACAUUCCAAGUAUAUUGGACAAUUACUGUCCAUUCACAAACCCCCACGUGUCCUGAUAACGUUCCCGGCUGUAUCUCUCUUCCGUCUUCUAGUCUUCCUUCUCACAUCGCUCGAGCUAAUAAUAAUCACUGAAGCAGAAGCGUUGGCAAAGAGAUUUAAAAAAGAAGUAAGAACGAGAAGGAAAGCCAUGUCUGUGAGAACAAUCCUAUCAUCGGUGAUUCUGCUGAUCCUCAUCGCUGCAUCGGCGGGGGCGGCGGCGGAUAUCGGAUUCGAUGAGUCCAACCCGAUCCGUAUGGUCUCCGACGGUCUCCGGGAGCUAGAGGAAUCCGUUGUCCAGAUCUUAGGCCAGUCCCGCCACGUUCUCUCCUUCGCUCGCUUCGCUCACCGCUAUGGGAAAAGGUAUCAGAACGCGGAGGAGAUGAAGCUCCGAUUCUCGAUUUUCAAGGAGAGUCUCGAUUUAAUUAGAUCCACCAACAGAAAAGGCUUAUCUUACAAACUCGGUGUCAAUCAAUUUGCUGAUUUGACCUGGCAAGAGUUUCAAAGGAGCAAGCUUGGUGCUGCUCAAAACUGCUCUGCCACUUUAAAGGGCAGCCACAAACUCACGGAAGCACCUCUUCCCGAAACGAAAGACUGGAGGGAAGAUGGUAUUGUUAGCCCUGUCAAAGACCAGGGAGGUUGUGGAUCUUGCUGGACUUUCAGCACGACCGGAGCUCUUGAGGCAGCUUACCAUCAGGCAUUUGGAAAAGGAAUAUCUCUCUCUGAGCAACAGCUUGUGGAUUGUGCAGGAGCUUUCAAUAACUAUGGCUGCAACGGUGGCCUUCCUUCCCAAGCCUUUGAAUACAUCAAAUCCAACGGUGGCCUCGACACAGAGGAAGCUUAUCCUUACACCGGAAAAGAUGGAAAAUGCAAGUAUUCAGCGGAAAACGUCGGUGUACAAGUCCUCGACUCGGUCAACAUUACUCUGGGUGCUGAAGAUGAACUGAAGCAUGCGGUUGGAUUGGUACGGCCUGUAAGCAUAGCAUUCCAAGUUAUACACUCGUUCAGGCUUUACAAGAGCGGAGUUUACACUGAUAGCCACUGUAGAAAUACUCCAAUGGAUGUGAACCACGCUGUUUUGGCGGUUGGUUACGGAGUUGAAGACGGUGUCCCAUAUUGGCUUAUAAAGAACUCAUGGGGAGCGGAUUGGGGAGAUAAAGGUUACUUCAAGAUGGAGAUGGGGAAGAACAUGUGUGGUAUUGCGACAUGUGCAUCGUACCCGGUUGUGGCCUGAGUCUUGAGAUGAUCAGCAAAUGUGGUUGGUCAAUGAUUAGAUUACAAUAUGUUCUCUCAUAUCUAUUGGAUUCAGACAUUACUUGAAAGUUGGGACUUGGGGAGUGCAUAUUGUUUAUUAUGCUUGUUGUAACAUAAGGUCUUUGUUCAUAUGUACAAAAUAAUGCAAAAAACUACAGACGAUGAACUUAUAAUAUACAUGCAUGUUAUAUUUAAGAACAUAAAUGGAUAUAUUUUAGAAUAAGUCUGUCAUUUGUUCUUGGUCUUAUGUCAAAUUUUUGUUUGUUUUUACAUAUAGCUUACAAAGUUAUGAGUUUCAGUUAC